AGGUCCCCGCCUAGCUUGGGCACCUGAGGCUUCGCAGCUUGUCUCCCGUGUUCUUUCGCCGCUGUGCCUCCGCUGGUUCCCGCGGCAUCACCCAUGGCGCCGUCUCGGCUGCAGCUCGGCAUUCGUACAGCUUACUCGGCGGUCGGCUGUAUGACGGGUCUUUCCGCCUUUCUCGCCUGGACCUUCGUUUUCCCCCAGCCCGCGACUGCCGCUAUGGGGGGCCUCGCAGGUGUUUUGGCGCUCUGGACUCUGACGACACACGUGAUGUAUAUUCAGGAUUACUGGCGCACCUGGCUCAAGGGCCUUCGAUGCUUCCUACUUGUGGGCAUCUUCUUCUCCACUGUCUCCGUCACCGCAUUCUGCACCUUCCUUGUCCUGGCCAUCACUAGACAUCACGGCUUGACAGAUCCCACCAGCUACUACCUCUCCUGUGUGUGGAGCUUCAUCUCCUUCAAAUGGGCCUUCUUGCUCAGCAUAUAUGCCCACCGCUACCGAGCCGACUUUGCUGACAUCAGCAUCCUUAGUGACUUCUGACCUUUGACUUCUUAGCCUCCCCGAUGGGGUGGUUCUUAGUGACUGGACUCAAUUUCUAAGAAACAAGAAUAGUUCUGUGCUUCUGUUGGGAGGCUCGGGAACAGUGGCAGAGGAUAUGCUGUUGGUGAUGGUUGGGUGGGAGGGGCAGGGAUGAGGAUCUCCCAAGAUAUUCCCUCAUGCUGUGAGCCUUAUUUCUUUUUUAAAUUCCCUAGUGUGGGAAAGGCCUUGCCACCUUGCUUCUUGGCUUGUCUAGGAAAGUAGGGAAUACUUUAUACUUUUUCAUAUGGAUCUAUUUUCUUAUCAUAAGGUAAUCCCUUUUAAAGUGGAAAAUGGAGCAGUGGAAAAGAAUGCUGUGGACUUGUGGGCAAAACAAUGGCUUAGGAAACCAUUUUUAUUGGUAAGGUCAGGAGAUGAAUGGAGGGAAAGGUAGUUUCGGUUCUUUCAGCUUGAAAGACUCUUCCCCUGUAAUUUUCUAUAAGGGCAGGAUUGGGCCUGAAGAUUGUGUUAGUGAAACUAUGGGAGCCCCUGAGAGAAGAUUUCCCAGCUUCCCUCAUUCCCUGUUCCCAAGAAGAGCCCCAAGAAGUGGAGAAAAGGGCUGUUUCCUUUCUUUUAUUCUCCCAUUAUCCUCUCUAGAGACCCUGGGUUAGGCAAUAAUCCUGCAGCUCAGAGCAGUGUUCUCUUGGGAAACCCAAAUUAGGUGCAGAUAUAUUGACAAAUGCGAGGGGCAGAUGACCCUAGAGGAGAUUUGGGAAGUUUGCAAAAAUAAUUCAGACUGGGAGGGAGGUUUCUUCCAGGUCAACCCCUAUGUGAACAUACCAGCUUACAUUCUAUUGCCCAACCAGUCUUACCUAAGCCACUUUCCUGGAGUUGAGGUAAUCUACUACAGGCCCCUUGUUUUCUUUCCUUCUUCUAGAGCUUUUAUCUUUCCCCCCUUUUUCUGGACAAAAUAACUACUUUGUAAUGCUGUGCCCUGACCCAGGGACCCUUAAUAAAUUUUUAAGGGUCUGCUAUAAAAUUUUUACAUCAUAUUGGCAUUGUGCAUGCUUCAGUUUUUAGCUCUUUGCUUCCCAUUUCUCAAACUAGUUCUUGUGCCCACCUCAACCUCAAUCAUAUACCCAUGUCACUGCAACUUUAAGAAAAAUACAACAAACAGCUGUUUUAUCAUUAAAUGGCCUCUGGGUAUCACUUGUGUGUGGGAGAGCUUCUGAGGAGACUUGAGGAUAACAGUAGAAUGAAGGGACUGCUAGGAAUGGGAGUCAUCAGAGGUUGGAAGGUUAUCUUUUCAUAGAAUCACACAGAGGGAAAAUGAGGUGAGGAUAUUCAUGGCUUUAGGCAUGAAGUAGCUAGGUGUUAUAGGGAGUAGAGAAUUGGUUUGGACAUACACCUCUAGCUGUGGGAUCCUGAGCUUAACUCUCAUCUGUAAAAUGGGGAUAAUACCUCCCUCCCAGGUUGGUUAUGAGAAUAAAGUGAGAUAAUAUUUGUAAAGUAUUUUGCAAACAUUAAAAAACUAUAAAUGCUAGUUAUUAGAACGAGGGAAGGGAACAAGCAUUUUAAAGUAUCUAUUAUAUAUUAAGCACUGUGCUAUGCAUGCAAGAUCUUAUUUGAGCCUCACAGCAAUCCUGUGAUAUGGGUACUGUUAUUGUCCCCACUUUACAGAUGAAGAAACUUGAGUCAGACAGGUAAAUCUCUUGCCCAGGGUCCCAUAGCUAAUGAAUAUUUAAGGCUAGAUUAUAAUUGGUCUUCCUGACUCUUGGUCUAGUAUUCUUAUCUGCUACUCCAGGGAGCUUCUUAUAUUAUGUGAUAAUAUACAUUCUUAUGGAGUUGUCAAUAUACUUUAUUCUAGAUUUAUAUUUUAUUAAAUUUUAAUAUAUUAUUACUGGAUCAAGAUAGCCUGGGCCUGUCAUGGUGCUCAUUGUUUGUUUUGCAGUCCCAAGGAACCAGAAAGAGAGGGAAAGGAAGAAAGAACUAGGGCUUUUCAGAUCCUGGAAGGAUCUCUGCUUCACCUUCUUUUCUCCCCAGCAGGUGAUGUGUUCUUAGGAAUAAUCUGCACCACAACUAACUUUGUAACUUACUGUCCCCUUCCCUGUCACAGGGUUUAGACCUUGGUUACUGGCAGCAUUUAAUUUCUCUGCUUAAUGCAAUGAGCCUCCAAGAGCCACUGCUAUAUUGCUUUUUUCUUUGUACUUCAAUAAUUUGUCCCUUUCUAAUACUGUGUAUUCUGUCUAUGGAAUGAUGCCUGAUCAAACAUGUAGAAGAUAUAGAAGAAAUAGUAUCUCUAGAUUUUGGAGAGUCUACCUUUCUCUGGCACAGUGGACUAAGCACUGGUUUUUGGAAAUAGAAGUUCAGGGUUAAAAUCUAGUACUUAUUAUCCAUGUGUCAUUGGGAGAGUCAUUUAAUCUCUGGACUUCAGUUUCGUCACCUAUAAAAUAAAGAGAAUAGGUGAAGAUACCUUCCACCUAUGGUUCUAAAAGAGUUGACGGUAUUCUUUCAGAAAGAUGGGCUGGCACUGGCACCCACAGCUUGGGGGAGUGGGAAUAGAAGGGAGUUAAGCAAAUAUUAGAACCAAUCUGAUUAUUUUCAGAAAGGUGAAUAUGAAUGAAAAACCAAGUACAAAAAUUGCCACAUCAUCUCCCAAAUUCUCUUUUCUAUGUCUGACCUACAUCUGUGCUCCCAUGUAUUCACAUAUGUAAGAAUACACACACUUAUGCACUUUAUGUGCAUAGUGUGUGCAUACACUUUAACCAAUUCAUCACUAGGAGGUCCUUAUGCAAUUUUAAAGCAAAUAAACUUUUAUUCAGGUU